GGCCUGCACUAUGCGCCGCCCGCACCUGCCGCCUACGGUCUCUUCGACGACGCGACGGCCGCCGCCGCCGCCGCAGCGCUGGGUUUGGCGCCACCCGCCGCCCGAGGUCUCCUCACUCCGCCUGCGUCCCCACUGGAGCUGCUGGAGGCCAAGCCCAAGCGCGGCCGCCGCUCCUGGCCCCGCAAGCGCACCGCCACGCACACCUGCAGCUAUGCCGGCUGCGGCAAGACCUACACCAAGAGCUCACACCUCAAGGCGCACCUUCGCACGCACACAGGUGAGAAGCCCUACCACUGCAAUUGGGACGGCUGCGGCUGGAAGUUCGCGCGCUCGGACGAACUCACGCGCCACUACCGCAAGCACACGGGCCACCGGCCUUUCCAGUGCCACCUCUGCGACCGUGCCUUCUCGCGCUCUGACCACCUGGCGCUGCACAUGAAGCGGCACAUGUAGCCUGGACGCCCCCGCCCACUCGUGCGCGGCCGUGGCGGGUCCCACGCGCCGGACGCGGCCCCCUCCCAAACUGUGACUGGUAUUUAUUGGACCUAAGGACCGGGCCGGGCACAGCAUGGCCACAGAGGAGGCUCCUCUCCCCGAAGACGAUGCGACGACGAUGCUGCCGCCCUGGCCCCCAUCAGAGACUGAAGGCCCGGUGGGAGAAGACCACGAUCCUCCUUGACGAGUUUUGUUUUCAAAAUGGUGCAAUAAUUAAGUGUCGUCUUCCCCUACCGGGUCUACACUAGAGGAUCGAGGCUUGAUGCCUUGUGAAAAAAUACAGCCUUAAUUUGUACUGUCUGCAACAUUUUUUAUAAUAUUGUACAUAGUGACUGUGACAGAUAUUGUAUUACUGUAAAUAAGGAGACAGGUGGGCAUUGGCUGCCUGGUUCAUUUUUAUAAGACUUUUGCUGUUUUUUUUAAUUAAAAAAGUUUUGCAUCUUUUUAAAAAAUCA